AUGAGUGAUUCAAUGGCAACUACAAAUGAGAGCAUGAUUUGGUGUGCUAAGACAGGUGAACUUCAAUCGUUAAAAACGCUUCUAAAAGAACAUCCAGGGAAAGUAAAUGAACAAAUGAAUGGUCGAUCCUUAUUACAUUAUGCAGCUGAUGCAGGAAAUUAUGAUGUAUUAAAAGAACUUGUUGACAAUGGUGCUAACGUUAACAGUAACGAUAAAUUUGGUUUAACUCCACUUUUGGCUGCUAUUUAUGAAGAUCAUACCGAUUGUGUUAAAUAUCUUCUUGAACAGGUUAGUGUUUUAGUUUGUCCUUGA